AACUAAAGUUGGCAAAAAGACGAUUGGCAAUGGCAAUACAUGAUAUGUGUGUGUGUAUUGUUUAAUAACUGAAACUAGUGCAUUAUGAGUUUCCGGCAUUCUGUUUAUGGUGAUGAAAAUGAAUCACAACCAAAAAAGUGUCGUGCAUGUUCAGACUUUAAAAACUGGGCUAAGCAACAAGCAAUAUCUGAUAAUCAAAAGAAUAAGACUAAAAGUGUAAAUGGAGCCGGUAUUCCAGAGGUAAAGGAAUGUCCCCUUGAUCGUGAAGAAUUAGGACGCUCCACUUGGGCCUUUCUACAUACUAUGGCUGCUUACUUUCCUAAAAAGCCUUCAGCCAGUCAUCAAAGUGACAUGAAGCAAUUCUUAAACCUGUUUUCAAAGUUUUAUCCUUGUAAAGAAUGUGCGGAUGAUUUACAAGUAGAAAUUUCAAAAAAUCCUCCUCGAACUAGCAGUCAAUAUGAGCUUUCUCAGUGGAUGUGUCAAAUUCAUAAUAAUGUGAACAAAAAGCUCGGGAAACCUUUAUUUGAUUGUACUAGUGUUGAUGAAAGAUGGCUUCAUGGUUGGAAAGAUGGAUCAUGUGAUUGAUCUUCAUGUGUAUAUUAAUUUAAUAAUGAAUAUUAUGAAUGAAUGUUUAAUAGUUUAUUUUUUACUUAAAAUGAGAAUACGGAUUCUGCUAAAUAAAUUCUCUUAUAAAAUAUU